AACAACAAACCAACUCAAUUUGUUUACCAACAGGUACACCGAAAUUUACCUAAUUUCUUUAAAAAUUUCACUUAAUUCCAUGUCUACAGUCAGUGUUGUUGAAUAAUUAGCUCCAAAAUGAUGAUCCUAAAUUACGAGCAGUACAGCGAAAUCACGCAGUUCAUCCAAAAGUUCAAGGGUAUCUCCAUCGUGUGUCACCGAGAGCUGAUCAAACAAUUCCCUCAAUACAGACCGGAAACACUCGGCAGUAUCCUUUCAAGGGAAGUCCAGCAACGGUUGAAACAUUCUCACUUCCGGGUCAGCUCGCAGGCCGAGGAUCUCCUGGGUGAGUACCAACGAAAAGCAAAAAGUACCGGAGCCCUAGAUGUGCUGCUGCGAAUGGCCAUCUCAAUGAGGUUCCCUCCUCUUUCGCUCUGUCGGAUAAUCCUACUCGCGAAGUACAACCAAAAAGUACGGGCAGAAGUAUCGGAAAUGAUUCGCAACCCAGAUUUGAUUCCCGACUCGUUGCUGGGAGCUAAUGUGGGAUACUGCCUUUAUAACGAGAAUAUGGAAGGGCCGGUGACGGACACAAUUCGACGAUGCAUCGGAGAAGAAUACGAGGUCCGGUUAAAACAAAUAGCUAAGGACAUGGGAUUGGUUUUCUACGAUGAAGGAGAUCUAAGGAGAACCGGAUACGACAAGACCCCGGAUCUGAAACUCGCCAUUCCCUGUUUGUAUAAGGGAAGGAUCAUAAAUUGGAUUGAAAGUAAAGCUUCUUUUGGAGAUAUGGGGUUGCACCUAAAAUACGCAAAGGAUCAACUGAUUAGCUAUAACAAUAGAUUCGGAAGCGGAAUGGUAAUCUAUUGGUUCGGUUUUCUGGAUAUGAUUGCUGACUGCGCAGAAAACGGUGAUUUCAUUACCGUUGUUAAUGAUUUUCCGAAAUCCGAAGAGUUGGAACUGCUUAAAUUUAACAUUCCCGAUUCAUGUCUUGAGGAGUUGAAAUCGGACGAUAGUUAAUAAUAGUAUAUUUUUAUUUUGUUUUAUUUCUACACUCAACUUGUUUCGAAUAUUAAGAUAUUGGUUCAAAAGUGUACUCAUCUGUGUAAAGUUGACUUUAUUCUUUUUGGAAUGCAAUUGUGAAUACAUAGGUAAUCCGUUUUUAAUCAACUUUUUCA